CUUCCUCUGAUCACGGAAAAAAAAAAAAAGAAAGAAGAUUGAGGCAACCAGAAGAGAAAGAAAUAGAGAAAGGAAAGCUUGUUUCUGCAGAACAGACAGAAAAUAGUUAUGGAUAAACUGAGCUCAGGUGUGUUUGUGCUGUUUGUGCUCCUGGUGCCUGUUUCCUCGACAGAUAUUUUUUUAGCUGAGCCGAUGGUUUGCUACUUCCUGGACGUGAUCCUGGUUGUUUACUGCGUUGUGGCCACGGGGCUGUACUUCAGAGAAAAGUUUAUCAUCCCCACACCUGCCAAAGCGACUGACGAUAAUGGAGGCAUUUACCAGGAGCUCGACAGAGCGAAAGACCAAGAUGCGUACCAGGUGCUGGAACCAACAAAAGCCAAAAAAAAAGUGAAGAAAAGGAAAACUGAGUCGACCUCGGCUGAGGAGAGGGACAAAGACGCCUACGAGACUUUGAACCCCAGCGGCUCAGAUGCUGCUCCGCCUCUGUCCCCCCACUGAAGUCCAACAGACAGAAUGCUGAUCAAAGCUGACACACUUUUAUCACAAGAUUAGCCAGCAAGUAAUCUGAUGAACAAUUAAUCUUUUAAGUUAUAUAUCAAAUAGAUAUUCAAAACCUUCUCUGGAAAAAGCUUUUUCAAAAAAUUUGAAUUGGCAGUUUCUUUUUCUUGUUAGUGAUAAUUAAUUAUCGAACAAAAAGAGCAAUUUAAAGACGUCAUCCUGUAAUGAGCCUUUUUUCAUCACUUUGUUACAUGUUAUAAAAGAAAAUAUUAAUUAUAAAUAUUAAUAAUUAACUUAUAAUUAAAUUGUAAUAAUUAACUUUACUGUUAGCCCUUAAAAGCCAGAUAUACUUUAAAACAUUCUGUUUAACAGUUAUAUGAGGCUUUAAUUCACACAUUUAACAAGACAAGGUCAAAACCAGCAGUGGAAAAAAGUAUUAAGAGAAGUACUAGUACCACACUGUGAAAUUACUCCACUACAAGUAAAAGUCCUGCAUUCAAAACUUACUUCAGUAAAAGUAUAAAAGUAUAAGCAUCAAAAUGAACUUAAAGUAUCAAAAGUAAAAGCAUUUUUUAUGCAAAAUGCAACCACUCUAAACACACUAUAAAUUCAAAAUAUAUUAAUUUGUAUUGAUGCAUUUAUGUGAGCAGUUUUAAUUUUCUCUUUAACUUUUCAAUAUACUGUUAUGAGAUUGAAUAAAUUUAAAAAAAAGUCUAAUCACUUUAAAUGUAUACACAUUUUAUGAUAAAUCUCAAUAAAUAGUAAUCAUAAAAUACUCAGGUAAAGUACAUCAAAAUUGUACUUAAGUACAGUACUUGAGUAAAUGUACUUCAUUUCAUUCCACCACUGCUAACAUGCUAAUGCUAACAAGUACCAGCAUAAAAAUGUACUUUAAGUAUCAAAAGUAAUAGUACUUAUCAUGCAACUACUCAGGUUGUUUUAUAUAUUUUGCAUAUAUUAUUUGUGCUGAUGCAUUUAUGUGACUAGUGUUUUAAUUUUCUCAAGUUAGGGCUCAUUGUAACGACUUAAUAUACUGUUAUGAGGUUUAAUACAAAAAAAGUCUUUACAUUAAAUUGAUCAUGUUUUAUGAUGAAUCUCGACCUGAAAAGCAAAUACAGCUUGCAGCUAAAAGGAUUGGAGUAAAAAGUACAAUAUGCUUCUAAAAUGUAGUGGAAGUCGAAGUAUAAAGUUUGUUACAUUCCACCACUGCUAACAUGCUAAUGCUAACAAAGCAGGUUACUCUUUACAUGCUAUUUUAACUUAUUAUGCUAACACUUAUUAGCAGUAGAUGCAAAAUGCAGCAGAAGCUGAUGGGAAUU